GAGCUAUCAGGAUUAAAGCUUAAGAUCCCUCCUUUCCAUGGUAAAGCUGAUCCAGAUGCCUAUCUUGAGUGGGAAAAGAAGAUAGAACUCGUUUUCAACUGUCAGCAUUACUCAGAGACUAAGAAGAUUCAAGUAGCUGCUACCGAGUUCAAUGACUAUGCUUUGAGCUGGUGGGAUCAGUUGGUUACAAACAAGAGGCGCAAUGGUGAAUUUCCCAUUGAAACAUGGGCAGAGAUGAAAGCUGUGAUGCGCAAGAGGUUUGUACCAAGUCAUUAUCACCGUGAUCUUCAUCAAAAGCUGAGACUGCUCACACAAGGAUCAAAGUCUGUAGAGGAAUACUUUCAAGAGAUGGAGUUGCUUAUGCUAAGAGCUUGUGUAUCUGAGGACAGUGAAGCUACUAUGGCACGAUUUCUUGGUGGACUCAACCGUGAGAUACAAGAUAGAGUGGAGAUGCAACACUACUUGGAGAUAGAGGAGAUGCUACACAAAGCUAUCUUGGUGGAGCAGCAAGUUAAGAGAAGAAGUUAUGCGCGUGGCAGCUAUGGUUCCAGUAGAUACCAGACCUCUAAGGAAGAUAAACCGAGCUAUCAAAAGGAGAGCAAGCCACAGCCAAAAGAAGAAUCCAAGUCUAGUAGCAUCUACAACAAAGAUAAGGGUAAAGUGGAAGCUACAAGCUCGCGUGCAAGAGAUGUGAAGUGUUUUAAGUGCCAAGGACGUGGGCACUAUGCUAAUGAGUGCACCAACAAACGUGUGAUGAUCCUUCAUGCCAAUGGAGAAUAUGAAUCUGCUGAUGAGGAGACAGAGGCCGAAGAAGAUCACAGUUCAGAAGAGGAGUAUGUUGCCAACCCGGUGGCUGGAAGGUUGCUAGUUGCUAGAAGAACCUUGAGUCUUCAAAGCAAGACCGAAGAGAUGGAUGAGACUAUGGUUAAAAAGUUGGGUUUGAGGGUCCAGAAGCAUCCUAAACCAUAUAGGCUCCAAUGGCUCAAUGAAGAGGGCGAGAUGAGAGUAUCUACUCAGGUUAUGGUUCCCUUAGCCAUUGGUAAAUAUGAAGAUGAGAUUCUUUGUGAUGUGUUGCCUAUGGAAGCUGGACACAUUCUCCUUGGAAGGCCGUGGCAAUCAGAUAGACGUGUGAUACAUGAUGGGUAUGCCAACAAGCACACUUUUGAGUUUAAGGGGAGAAAGACAGUUCUUGUGCCUAUGACUCCUAAGGAAGUUCAGGUUGAUCAGCUCCAACUACAAAAGAAGAAAGAGAUUGAUCUUCCCGCUGACUCAACAAAGCAACUAAACUUCUAUGCCAAGUCUGAGUAUGAGCCCAUGUGCUGUGCCUGUGCUCCUUGUACCUAAGAAAGAUGGAGCUGGCGCAUGUGUGUUGAUUGUAGAGCAAUCAACAACAUAACAGUGAAGUAUCGCCACCCUAUUCCUAGAUUAGAUGAUAUGCUUGAUGAAUUGCAUGGUUCUAGUGUCUUUUCUAAGAUAGAUUUGAAGAGUGGAUAUCAUCAAAUUAGAAUGAAAGAGGGAGAUGAGUGGAAAACAGCCUUUAAGACUAAGCAUGGGUUGUAUGAGUGGUUAGUCAUGCCUUUUGGAUUAACCAAUGCUCCUAGUACUUUUAUGAGAUUGAUGAACCAUGUGCUUAGAUCCUUCAUAGGCUUGUUUGUGGUAGUAUACUUUGAUGAUAUCCUUGUCUACUCUAAGAGUUUAGAAGAGCAUAUAAAACAUCUUAGGACUGUUCUUGAUGUCUUGAGGAAAGAAAAGCUAUUUGCUAAUCUUAAGAAAUGCACUUUCUGUACGGAUAACUUGGUCUUUUUAGGCUUUGUUGUGAGUGCAGAUGGAGUAAAGGUAGAUCAGGAGAAGGUGAGAGCAAUUCAAGAAUGGCCAAUUCCAAAGACUAUAAGUGAAAAAGAAGUCGGAUUCAAGUGGGGAGAAGCACAAGAGACUGCCUUCCAAUGCCUUAAAGAGAAGCUUACUCACGCCCCUCUUCUUAUACUUCCAGAUUUUAAUAAAACCUUUGAGAUUGAAUGUGAUGCUUCUGGUAUUGGAGUGGGUGCUGUUUUGAUGCAGGAAAAGAGACCCAUAGCUUAUUUCAGUGAGAAGCUUGGAGGCGCCACUCUCAACUAUGCAACUUAUGAUAAGGAGUUGUAUGCCUUGGUGAGAGCUUUGCAGACUUGGCAGCAUUACUUGUGGCCCAAGGAGUUUGUGAUACACACUGAUCAUGAGUCUCUCAAGUACUUGAAAGGACAGAACAAGCUCAGCAAGAGACACGCAAGAUGGGUAGAAUUCAUAGAAACUUUUCCUUAUGUCAUCAAGUACAAACAAGAUUUGUUUGUUAGGGAAUCACAUGGGGGAAGUCUCAUGGGGCAUUCUGCUUCUAAGUUUUCACCUUUUGAAAUUGUUUAUGGGUUCAAUCCCACCUCUCCUUUGGAUUUAAUCCCUUUACCUGAGUGUGAAAGGGUCAGUUUGGAUGGCAAAAAGAAGGCAGAGAUGGUGAAACAACUUCACGAGCAAGCUAGGCUCAACAUUGAAGAGAAAACUAAGCAGUAUGUCAAGCAUGCCAACAAAGGAAGGCGUGAGAUGGUCUUUAAGGAGGGUGAUAAAGUUUGGGUUCAUUUGAGAAAAGAGAGGUUUCCUAAUGAGAGGAAGUCAAAGCUUAUGCCAAGAAUUGAUGGACCUUUUGAGAUCACAAAGAAGAUCAGCAACAAUGCCUACAAGAUUGAUCUCCAAGAUGAACCUGAUUUGAGGUCAAAUCCUUUUCAAGAAGGAGGGGAUGAUAUGAUCAUGGACCAGCCAGCUGAUGGAGAUAGAGAUGGCGAGUUUAGAGAUGAACCAGCUGAAGAAGAUGAGGUCUUAACCAUUCCUAAAGGUCCCAUGACUCGAGCCAGAGCUAGGAAACUCAAAGAAGCUAUUGGAGGACUAAUC